GUACGAUCGGUGCAGACUCAGGGACGUGACCCUGGCCUGGUGCAUAACUCGAGACUGAUCACUUGCUUGGUGUAGGGAUGAGCAUUGCACCCCUAAUCGGACUGCUUUGUAAUUGUAUCCAGGAAAAUCUCAAAGCUCCGAGUGCUGUAAACGAUGGCCUUGUCUGUUGCUCGCUGUGCUAGCUCUGUGCUCAAACUCACCACCAGGAGCCUUAGUGUCAGUGGAAGGGUCCUGGCAGAGGGGCUCCCCUCAUCCCUCACCAAGAAGCAGGCCUUGCCCAUGCUUGGGCAAGGCUCAAGCUGGGCACCACGUUAUCCAACAUCAGCAGGUGUUCUAACAAGAAGUUGUCACACAAGUGGCAUCGAUGCCAAGAGAGAGAGCAUUCAAACGGUUGCCGUCGGGCAACAAACGGCCAGUGCCCCAACGUCGGACGCCGAGGCGGCGUCCACAGUGAUGAAGCGAUCGCACCUCUACCGCUACAUCGCCGAGCUGAACCGCCUCAACGUGGACAGGGGAACGGCCAUCGUCUCCACCUCCCACGUUCUGGAUGACCAGUGCCUGAAGGUGACCUGGACCGACGGCCAGUCACAGCUGUUCCCGUACGUCUGGCUGCGCGACAACUGCCAGUGCAAGCAGUGCUACCAGGCCUCGCUCAACUCCCGCACCUUCAGCUUCACCAGCCUGGACGUGGAGAUGAUACCCAUCUGCGCUGUGCCUUCUGAGGAGGGGAAGACAGUGCGUCUCACCUGGCCCGAUGGCCACUCCGGGGAGUACCCUUCAGAUUGGCUACGCCAGUACCGCUUUGAGAACUCCUCUCCCGAUGUGACCUUUGACACCGAGCUGGAUCACUGGGACACUUCCCUGAUGGACAGCGGCACGCUGCGCAUCUUCAACUUCCAGGACCUGGUGUCCAGCGACGAGGCCAUCUACGAGUGGCUGAUGGAAAUGAAGGUGACAGGGAUAUGCCUGGUUAGAGGAGCUGGCAUGAUGGAAGGACAGGUCAAACGGCUUGGAGAUAGUGUACUGUUUCUUCGAUCAACGUACUAUGGUACAACCUCCCAUGUGGUGGUGAAGUACAACGCGACCAAUAUUGCGUUCACUGGCAAGGCCUUCCCUAUGCACACGGACUUGGCCUUCCUGCACAGACCACCGGGAGCCCAAAUGAUCCACUGCAUUGAGCAGGCCAAGGGGCCUGGCGGAGAGAACUGGUUCACUGACGGCUUCAAGGUGGCCCUGGACCUGAAGGCGCAGGACCCCGAGGCCUUCGAGUUGCUGUCCACCACCUUGCUGGAGUUCAACGACAUUGGGGAGGAUGUCUACGGGAGAUUCCACCAGCACUCCAGGCACCCUACCAUAAGCUUGGACAGGGAUGGCAAUCCCGAACACGUCUACCUGAGCGACCACGGCCGUAUACCAAUGAUGCGAUUCCCAGUCCAGAAAACACAGUCUCUGUACCGGGCGCUCAAGAAGUUCAGCAACAUGUACCACCACCCGACCAAUGUCUUUUCUUACAAACUGAAAGAAGGUGACAUCAUGACUUUCGACAACCGGCGCGUGAUCCACGGCCGGGGUGCCUUUGAGGUGACCAGCAGUAGCAGCCGCCAUCUUGAGACUGGCUACCUAGAAUGGGAUGAGAUUGACUCACGACUACGCCUGCUGCAGCGCCAGUUCAAGGAGGCCAUGUGAGGAGGGCAUAUCAUUAACUUUGAGCCCAAAUUCCUUGACCAUGCUUCCCAUCAAAGAAAAGAGUCUCCUCUUGCUUGCCAGUGCAUGCGAGUGGUGGGAGAAAUCGGAGAUUUCAAAAUCCGGUUACCCUAAUUUUUUUCAUACCGAAUAACGGUUAUCCGAUGUCAU